CGCACAGUCGGGUCCACUAGACUGAUCCCCUCGAAGCUGAGAGUCCAGUUAACCUCCGGACAAUUCGUACCAUGUCGCCCAUCAAUAACACGAGCAGCUUGGGCUGACAGCCAUCUGGUCGAAAAUGCGACCCUUUUCGAGGUGGUUCAGUCAAUGCUUCAAGUCACCACCCAAGAGGAUGUCCUCUUCGUUGAGAGGUGACUUUGAUCUAUUUGAGUACACGUCGGGACGCUUUUUAUUCAACGAAGAGAUUCGCCGCGCCGAACGCCGUGUUCAAUUCGACUUGCAUGCCCUUGCAAGGGCUGCCUGCCACUCUGUCGGCCGCCACCAGAAGGCCGUGGCCUCGAUCACGAAACUCGCCGAGGGGGGCUUCAACCGCGUCUUACAAAUCACCUUCGAUGAUGGAUAUGCAGUCCUGGCAAGGUUGCCGUAUAAGACGACCUUUCCAAAACACUAUGCAGUGGCCAGUGAAGCGGCCACCCUCGCCCUUUUGCGUGCUCAUGGCGUCCCGGUCCCCAAAGUCCUUGCCUACUCCCCAGAUCAGACAAACGCCGUUGGAGCCGAGUACAUUCUUUUGGAAAGACUUGAAGGAACACCCCUGAGCAACCAGUGGUUCUCCAUGGACACCAAAACUCGGGUCAAAACUAUGCGACAGAUUGUGGAUGUAGAGAGACGGUUCAUGAGCAUCCGUUUCCCAGCAAGCGGAAGUCUCUAUCACCGCCAUGAUCUUGCAGGCUCCCAAUGCGUCAUCCCCGUCUCGGACGACAUUGUCGUGGGUCCAACCGCACAACAUGAAUGGUGGUAUCAGGAACGGGCUUCUCUAGACGUCGACCGCGGUCCCUCACCUGCUAAGCGCGAGAUGGAGUUUUGUGAGGAAUUCGGCAAACCACGACUACACGUCGAAAGAUACCUGCGUGAACUACACCAGUACCAAUCCCUCUCAGCCAUUCCGUACCAGCAUCUCCUUGCCGAUUACUUGAAGCUAGCGCCUGGUCUCGAUGUUCCCUCCGACCACCGCAUGUCUCGCCCGAUUCUCCGGCAUCCGGACUUCUUGCCCAACAACAUCCUGGUGAAUCCUUCCCACGAGGUGGUCGGAAUCAUCGACUGGCAGCAUGCAGUCAUUCUGCCCCUCUGCCUGUGCGCUGGCAUCCCCUACCAUUUCCAAAAUUGGGCGACCCCCCAGGAAGAACAGGCGGCGGUUCGGGAAACGAUGCGGAGACGGAUUGUGCACUUUUAUUAUGCGGCGUUGACCAUGAAAUCCUUGCCGGAUCACUUUGACGCCAUCCGAACUGACCGCUGUAUGCUCCGCGCGAAGCUUUUUCAUCAUGCACAGGCUCCCUGGGAGGGAGACUCCGUCUCAUUGAAGUAUGCGAUGGUGCAGGUCCUCGGGAUAUGGCCGAUGUCGCUGGAUGAAGGGGCACCGACGGGUUCGGUGAAGUGUCCGGUGCACUUUUCGGAGGAAGAGAUACAGGAAUGCGCGGAGGACCAUCGCAAGGAACAGGAGUUACUGCAGGAGCUGGGCGAGAUGAGGGACCUCAUCGGGACCGAUGCCCUGGGCUGGGUUCCGGACGAGCAUGAGUUUGAACGCAGCAAGGCGGUAAUCCAGAGCAUCAAGAAUGGUUUGAUGGAACAUUCAAGCACCGAGAUGGAGAGGACAGCGGUCGUUCAGCAUUUUCCUUUCGAUGAUCAUGACGAGAAUCCAUGA